AUGAACUUUUCAUUGGCUGAUCAAAAAUGGUUUAGAUUCUCGCCCAUAGCAACGCGAUUUUUUAUAGAAGUUCUUCUUCUUCGCAUGCCUAAGCAUCUGGCCUCAUUUAAAGCGGAUGAAGAUGGGCAGACUCCUUCAUAUGGCGUGAAAGCCGAAUCUCAAAUUGAGGAAACACCGCUAAAAGAUGAUUCAACAAUCUUGCAGUACUGGGCUGCAAUUAUAAUUCUGUCAAUAUUUGCAACGAUUGCGUUUGCGGUGAUUCUUUCCACCUGGAAGAAGCUUAGACCGUUUUCGAGCUUCACGUCUCCACAGUCCUCUAAUUCCCAUUCAAACAGUGCUACUGCUAGAGAUGCAACAGAACGCAAUAAUGCUUACAGAAGCAAUCCAGAGAUUGUCAAAAGCGAACCAAUAGCUUCUGGCGAGUUUGCAUCUCUUUAG